AUGGUGUCAGUCAGCCGUUUGCUGUUCUUUCUUCCUCUCUUAGGAGCGCUCGCAACUCCCACAGAUAGCACCACAGCCCAAGCUGUUGCUAGGUCUCCUGAAUUUCUCGAGUACAUGGGAGCACUCAUCGCCAACGCAACCGGAGACGAAAACAUUGAAAGACGCGAUGGGACGUUCAAAACGAGCAAGGACGGCGUAGACGCCGCAGGGUUUUACUACUCUCUCUACAACGCCAACGGCGCAGGUGCCGAAUACUCCGAGUUCGAAAAUAGCGGGCAGUUCAAGCUCAGCUGGAACACGAACAGCGAGUUUCUGGGAGGAAAGGGCUUCAAGGGUGGAAGUCCUCGCUCCCUGUCUUGGGACGGUCAGUUCCAGGCUGAAGGUGAUUUCACCCUGGCGGUCUAUGGAUGGACCACUGACCCCGUCACCGAAUGGUACGUUGUCGAAGCUCAUGGAACUGGGACACCGGGCAAUGGCCAUAUCCUCGGCCAGGUUGAAGCCGAUGGCAGCGUCUACGAUGUCUAUAUGCUCCCCUACAGGAAUGUCCCUGAGAUCUAUGGAGUUACGAACUUUAACCAGUUGUGGUCUGUUCGCCGUGGUGCUCGCCAUACCGGUACUGUCGACGUUGCUGCUCAUUUCAAGCGUUGGGAGGAGCUGGGGCUCAAGCCCGGUAACCCUGUCUUUCAGAUGGUCACUGCGGAAGGAUUCAAAGGCUCUGGAAAGCUUGAUUUCACUCUUCGGAAGUAA